AUGGCCCGUACAGAAGUGAAAGAGCGCUAUGAGAAAGGCUUCUCCGAGCACGACGAGAAGGGUCCGCAGACCAAGACUCUUGGCCAUCUUCGUUUGCGAGAUUCUGAGACCAACGAGGUCAUCCUAGUUCCAACACCGUCAUCGGAUCCAAAAGAUCCCCUCAAUUGGCCACGAUGGUUCAAGCUAUACACUGCCAUUGCAGUAUGUUUCGCCAUGAUCCUUUGUAACUUCCUGGCUGCUGGUCCUACGCUAGCAAUUGUUCAAACUGCGGAGGACUUCUUCCCUGACUGGAAGACGACGGGCCUCUCGAGCGCGAUUGCCAAAACAGCCUAUUUCUUCAAUUGCACGGCCCUUUUCCAGGGCUUGGGUAAUCUGCUGUGGAUGCCUCUGAUCAACAAGUACGGACGCCGAGCUGUCUACGUGACCUCCUUCACCAUCUAUUUCAUUACAGCCAUCUGGUGUGCCGUCGCCAAAGAGUAUGCGAAUUUCCUGGUCGCCAGAAUCAUCAUGGGAAUUGCAGCCGGAGCAGGAGAGUGCCUUGCCCCUAUCACCAUCGCAGACAUUUUCUUCUUGCACGAGCGUGGAGCUAUCACGGCUCUAUACAAUGCCUCCCUAAACUUGGGUGUCGCUUCCGGUGCCAUCAUUGAUGGCUUCAUCGUCAAGUUCCAUCCAUGGCGAUACAUCUACUAUGUCGCUAUCGCCCUGAUCGGUGCGAUUACCCUUAUUGUGUACGCAACGUUCCCCGAGACAGCCUAUAUCCGAGCCCCGUCCAUGGCCGACAGCAUCACCACCUUAUCACCCUCCGGUCAACGCAUUCGUCGCAGUACCAUUGGAGAGGGAGAGAAGGUAUCUUCUGAUGUCCAGGAAGAAGUCCUCACCCAAGAGACGGACAAGGACCGGGGCUGGCUUCAGGGCUUGAAAUUAUACCACGGUAGAUACACGGAUGAAUCCCUGUGGCAAAUGACCAUCCGUCCCGUCGGCCUGCUAAUUCUCCCACCUGUACUUUGGGCUACCCUUGUUAUGUCGGUCACUAUUGGGUUCAUCACGGCCAUUACGUCUAACGUCGCCACAGCAUUUGCCGACACAUAUGGGUUUGCUGCAUGGCAAUCAGGUCUCUCCUUCGUUGCCGCUAUUAUUGGAUGUGGCUUUGGUAUUGCCCUUGGUGGAUAUCUCUCCGAUUGGGUCGCGGACGUCUUUACACGUCGGAACAACGGUAUUCGUGAGCCGGAGAUGCGUCUUCCUGCUAUGAUGAUCAGUGUGAUUACUGGCCCUCUUGCGCUGGCUUUGUAUGGCUGUGGCAUCAAGUGGAAGAUGCACUGGAUUGUUCCUACCAUUGGUAUUGGUCUAAUCAACUUCACUAUCACUCAGGCUACCAAUGUCUCACUGGUCUACACAAUUGACAGCUACCGCCCCAUCGCUGGAGAGAUCGUUGUCACCCAGCUGGCGUUUAAGUCUGCUUUUGGCUUCUUGCUUGGGUUUUACACGAACCCCUGGGUUGAAAUUCAUGGAUACAAUGUCGCUUACGGAGAGAUGGCCGCGAUCUGUGGAGGAGUUCUUGUGUUCUGGAUCCCAUUGUUCUUCUGGGGUAAGAUCAUUCGUGAGAAGACUCUGAGCUGGCGGGUCAUGAAGUGGGUGCAGUGGGAUGUGGACAGAGAGGUUGGAGAAUAA